AAUGGCUGAUGAUAAAAAAGGUGCGACAUUUUCGUUGAAAGUGAUGAUCAAUAAAGAGAGAACUAAGGUGCUCUUCGCAGACUCCGACAGCCAUUUUGCAGACAUUUUGUUAAGCUUCUUGAGUUUGCCAUUGGGAAGAAUUGUGAAAGUCCUCGAGAAGCACUAUGGAGACGAGGCGCCUACCAUUGGUAGCUUAAGCAGUUUGUACCGUAGCUUAGUAAAUCUCGACAGUGCAUAUUUCUGGACUGAUGGAGCUAAGCAAACUUUGCUUGAUCCAACAAGUUCAUUGGAAGAUGAAUACAGGAGGCUGAAACUCGACAUCGCUGAUUUUCAGCCUGCUGAAUAUUUCUCUUGUAGUAAUACACAGUAUCACAUUCCGUCUUAUAGGUUUCGUAGCGUAGGCAUUUACUAUGAUCAUAUCAAGAGGUGCAAAAUUUGCUCAUUUGGUAUUUUUAUUAAAGAAGUAGCUAAGAAAGGGUCUGAAGCUGCUGCAUCUAGAGAUGGAGUUUUCACCAUGAAUACAUCAUCUUUCAUAAUCUCUGAUGAUCUCCACAUAUUCCCAAAUGAGACAGGGCUCUUAGGCGUCAUUAGCUUUCUUGGCAUUACAGACAUGGAUAACGCCGAGCAAAUCAAGGUGGAUUUGGGCUUCACUGAGAUUAUGAAUUUGUUGAAGGCUUCCUUGACGUCCCCAACUCCAUUGUCGGACAUCAUCCUAAAUAAAACAACACAGCUGGUUAACUCUAAAUUCAUGGUGACUCAACCACACACUACAGAGGAAGAGAAUCCAAACAACUCGUGGAAUUUAAGUUUGAAAGUGAUGAUACAACAAUCUACUGGUAAGGUUGCGUAUGCUCAAGCAAAUAAACAGUUUGUGGAGUUUCUGUUUAGUUUCCUCUACAUCCCAUUGGUAGGAGUUGAGCAUCUUCUUGCCGGUAACACUUGUGUUAAGGCUAUAGACAACUUGUACCGGAGCACAUCCGACCUUGCAGAUAGCAAGCAUUUCAUUACCCCGGAUACGAAAAAGAGGCUAAUGACACCCAUUCUACCUCAUGGCUACAUUUCAGCACACUGCAUUUUCCCCCUCGCUGAAGAAUGCUUGCCUGCUGAGUACAAUGAUUAUCUGAACUUGUUAUCUUCGGUUAAGUUUCCCAAUGGGCAGGGAAGUUAUCUAAAAGGAUCCCCAACUUAUCACGUGGCGGAUGAUUUAACUGUUACGCCUUUCUGCUUUGCCUCGACACUUUCCUCUCUUAAAGAGCAGAAAAUCUCGAUAUCUGAUGUCAAAGAAGUGGAGAUGCAAAUAGGGCUGAAAGAGGCUUUGAGCAUACUGAAAGCCUCUCUUACUUCUUCUACUGCUCUCACUGAUGCUCUGAUGAUUCGCAAAUCACUCAAACAGCCAAAGAGAGAAGUGUGAUCCAUGCUUCCUGUAUAUAUGUUGCAAGUAUUGGCUUAUAUGUAUAGUAAUAGUUAUGGUGCUUCAUUUUUAUUUUAAUUAUGGAUCUUGAUUUUCCAUUCGUUUGGUUCUUUUUUCAAUAUGCAAAUACUAUCUUGGUUGUCAGAAAUAAUUUUUGGAAUAUAAACAUGAAUUUCUUGAAA